AAUUGGACAUAUUUUGAGACAUCUUUAGCAUUGAAACCAAACAACCGUAUAAUUUCCCAUUUAUUUUCCAUCAAUCAGUUUGCUUUGUACGGUCGCAUGUCAGCUUCCGUCGAACCCUCCGCUAGGGCACAAAAACAGCACUGCAGCAUCCCAAAUUUCAUGCUCCUUCCUCUUCUCCCUCUGAAUCUCUCUCCCUUGCCAAUUCAAGCUCUCCCUCGCCGGUUCUCACACUCACGGUAUCGUAUCUGAUGGGAAGCUCUUAGGUUUUGCAGAUUUUUUGAGUGCUUAUCGUUGGUUUAAGGAAAUUGGGGGUGUCAAUGAGCUCCGUGGCACGGGCGAAUAGCGCGAAGGAAAUAGCUGCAUAAGUUCAAGGGGAUUAUUCUAUACAGUUACUUGCUGCUGUUUUAGAUUAUUGAAAGAUACACAUGUCUGGACUUCUGCCAUUUGAGUCUACGCAUCAUAGAAUAUCUGAAAGUGGGUCCUCAAAGAACUCUCAAGAAAAGCAAGACGAAGCAGGUCGUUGGUAUAUGUCCAGAAAGGAAAUUGAAGAAAAUUCCCCAUCAAGAAGAGAUGGUAUUGACUUGAAGAAGGAGACUUAUUUAAGGAAGUCAUACUGCACAUUUUUGCAGGAUCUGGGCAUGAGGCUCAAAGUGCCUCAAGUAACAAUAGCCACAGCUAUAAUAUUCUGUCAUCGAUUCUUUCUUCGGCAGUCCCAUGCAAAGAAUGACAGAAGGACCAUUGCGACCGUCUGUAUGUUCCUUGCUGGGAAAGUUGAAGAGACGCCUCGCCCUCUAAAGGAUGUAAUCAUUGUUUCCUAUGAAAUUAUUCACAUGAAAAAUCCUGGUGCAGCCCAGAGGAUCAAACAGAAGGAAGUUUAUGAGCAACAGAAGGAGUUAAUUUUACUUGGCGAGAGAGUUGUGCUUGCGACCUUAGCUUUUGACCUGAAUAUUCAUCACCCUUACAAACCACUCGUUGAAGCAAUAAAAAAAUUUAAGGUUGCCCAGAAUGCACUUGCUCAAGUCGCAUGGAAUUUUGUCAAUGAUGGGUUGAGGACAUCACUCUGUCUGCAGUUUAAGCCCCAUCACAUUGCAGCAGGUGCCAUUUUUCUUGCUGCCAAAUUUCUUAAAGUGAAGCUUCCAUCUGAUGGGGAGAAGGUUUGGUGGCAAGAAUUUGACGUGACCCCUCGCCAAUUGGAGGAGGUUAGCAAUCAAAUGCUAGAACUAUAUGAGCAAAAUCGCGUGCCAGUGGCUCAGGGAAGUGAAGUAGAUGGAAGUACUGCUGGGGGUCCAAGUCAUCCUAACGUAGCAAAGGCUACAGCUACAACUGAGGAACAGACUUCAAAGCCAAUGUCAUCUUGUUCAGCACCCGAGCAUUCAUAUGGAGACAAUCAUGGGGUAACUCAAAGAGCUGCCCAGAAUCUUGGUAAGAACAAUGGGACUGCUACGGAUGGGGGUAGUACCAUUACUGGUUAUAAGGUCGACCCAGAGUUAACAGAUAGUCAUCAUACCCCUGAAAUGCCCUACAAGGAUAAUGGCAACGAUAUUUCAGAUAUAACAAGAUCUGUAGUGGAGCAUGUUGGUGUAGAGAAAGAAAGGAAUACUAGUAAAAGUGAGACUGUGGAAGCAGGAGAAUGGAGGGACGAUGGUGUAUCUCACAAGUCUAGUAUUAUGGUUUCUCGAAAUGUUGAGGUUCGGGAAGGUCCCAUUGGGCAGUCACCCAAAGAAGCUAUCAAAAUGAUUGAUAGAGACAAAGUCAAGGCAGCACUUGAGAAAAGGAGAAAAUCACGUGGGGAGAUUUCCAGGAAGAAAGAUGUGAUGGAUGAAGAUGAUCUCAUUGAGAGAGAGCUGGAAGAUGGUAUAGAAUUGGCUGCAGAGGAUGAGAAAAACAGACGGUCGAAGGUUUUUGAUAAUCAAGAUGAUGGAAAGGUUCGUGAGGAAUCUUCAAGUGUGCAUCAUGCGGGAACCAAGAACCACACUUCAUGGGGGGCCAAAACAGAGAGUGUAGUUGAAGAAGGAGAGAUGCUAGAUGAUGCUUCCCCAGCUUUGAAUAGUCGAAAGAGAAAAGCUGGAAGAUCCCCUGAUUGGCACACCGAAGGAAAGAAAUGGAACGAUCCUAUGUCUAAUAACCACCACCAUGCUUUGGACGAUGGAAACUGCAAGAAUCGAUCCAUUUAUUCAGAUAGGGAGCUCAAAAGACAUGCUCAUGAGAAUCACUUAUAAGUUAAUAAUGUCAAGGAUCUAGUUCUCUGUUAUAUUGUAGAAUAGCAUGCAUGACCUGGGUAGUCCAAGUACUGGACAUAUCAUUGCGGUGAAGAUUAUACUGUUGCCAUGGAACAAUGCAUCAUAAAAUUAUAAGAAUUAUGAAUGGAUGCUUCACCUGCCAAUGUUAGGAACUUAAAUAUUUACCACUUGAAGGCGUUUGUUUUCAUCAUCAGUCCUUUAAAAGCUCAUAUGCUAAGCGGAGAUGACACGAAAUUGAGUGCAGACAUAAGCUUGCUUCUGCCAUUUUUCAAGCAAGGAAAGGAAGCCAGGAGAACUGUUCUUUGGUCGUAAUUAAUAUUAUGUUUCAGGUGUACUCUAGGAUCGUUAUAUUAUGCUUUUAACUCAUCAGUUAUUAAUGUAAUUUGGUUUACAGUAUCGUUUUCAUAGUUCAUGUAAAAUUCCGGUCUAGGAUUCAAUUGUAUCUCUCAGUUGAGCUUUUUGUCAGUAUAUUGCCUAAAGCCGAGUGGAAAAAAAAGAAAAAAGAAAAAAAAAAUUAUAAUGCAGGGUGGGAAUUGCCCUUUUUUUGA